ACACACCUCACAACCAAGAUGAAAGUUUCGAAGGUCGGUUUGUUGUUAUAAAGUUGCAGCGUGUUUGAUGUUUGUUCCGCUUCAGGUUUUUUCCCGGUUACACUCGGCUGCUCCUGUUUAGUCGGUUAACUAGCUAACUGGUUACCUAGAAGUUCACACAGUUGGCUCCUUUCAGGGGUUAGGAGCGUUCAGAAGUGCGUUAAUAGAUAAAUUAGACUUCCGAGCAGUAGUUAUGAUUCCUGAAUGUCCGUCUCGGAGCGGCGAGGCGAGAAGCUGCGGCAGCCGGUGGCAGGACGCCGGGCAGAGCCGCUCCGGGUUACUGCGGGACAUCCAGAGCGUGAUCCAGAGAGAGCCGUUCACCGAGCAUUACACUCUCAUCCCGGGGAAAGAGCUGGGCAGGGGGAAGUUUGCAGUGGUGAAGAAGUGUUUUGAGAAGAGCACCGGUCGAGAAUAUGCUGCCAAGUUCAUGAGGAAGAGGAGAAAAGGCCAGGACUGCAGAGCGGAGAUCAUUCAUGAGAUUGCAGUGCUCGAGCUGGCAUCAUCUUGUCAUCGAGUGGUCAACCUGCACGCGGUCUACGAGAUGUCCAGUGAGAUAGUGCUCGUUCUAGAGUUUGCUGCUGGAGGUGAGAUUUUUAACCAGUGUGUGGCAGAAAGGGACGAGGCCUUUAAAGAGGAAGAUGUGAAGCGGCUGAUGAGGCAAAUCCUGGAGGGCGUCGCUUUUCUUCAUAAGAACAACGUGGUUCAUCUGGAUCUAAAGCCACAGAACAUUCUCCUGACCAGUGAUGAUCCUCUUGGGGACAUUAAAAUUGUGGACUUUGGCCUCUCGAGAAUGGUGAGCAGUAACCAGGAAAUCAGAGAGAUCAUGGGCACACCUGAAUAUGUUGCCCCAGAGGUUCUUAAUUAUGAACCCAUUAGCACAGCCACUGAUAUGUGGAGUAUCGGCGUCCUCGCGUACGUGAUGCUGACGGGUAUGUCUCCAUUCCUGGGAGCCGAUAAGCAGGAGACCUUCCUCAACAUCUCCCAGAUUAAUGUCAGCUACACAGAGGAGGAACUGGAACAUCUGGACAAGGCGGCCAUCCACUUCAUCAAGUCUUUGCUCAUCAAGGAACCUGAGGAUCGUUCCACUGCAGAGGACUGCCUGAAACACCCGUGGCUACAAACACAAGAGACCGAUUCUGAAAAGGAGAAAGGGAGCACGGCCUCCUCCACUCAGAGCGCUGAGGAGGACGUCGAGGAGGAAAGCAGAUUGACUGAGGAGCUCAUCGUCAUGGCAGCGUACACUCUGGGCCAGUGCAGGCAGUCCUCAGACAAGGAGAGCCUGACCCCAGAGCAAAAGGUAAUUUCAAAGCGCUUCAAAUUUGAAGAGCCCUUCCCAGGCCUGCAGGAAGUCCCGGGAGAAUUCAUCUACUAAACCCUGUGAUGGCCAGACAGGCACUAAGCUCCCAACUAACGCUGCACUUAUGACACAUCUUUUGUGUUUAUGUCUUCUCCUCAAAUUUUAACCCACUUCGUUAAGCCAACUGUGUUUUUUUUAUGUUUAUAUUUCCUAGGCUGUUUACUGUUUUGUUUUUCAUGGAAUAUAUUAUUAAAGACUAAGCAUUUGUAUAGUACUUGGAUGCUCUCUUGUGUGGUGUUUUGCCCCCUGCAUGUGUUAUUGUUGAUUUAUGACAAUUACAUCUCUUCUAUACAUCUACUUUUGCUUAUUUUCCAUUUUAUUAAUUUUUUUGUGCAGGGGGAGAGCAGAGCUGGUGGAGUUAAAUGUAAUUAAAACUAAUUUUAAAAGUUAUAUCUGUGCUUUAUAAAAAGCCAUGUUGUGUGUUCAGAUCCUGACAGAGCGUUCAUGCGGUAGUAAUCUUGAGAAAUUUCCCUUUCCCCCCACGACACAUAUUAUUGCCUUUUUAGUUGUGUCCAUUCGUUAUGAAUCAGUCAGUGUAAAGAGUAUAGCUUUUCAACGGCAACACAUUUGACAGUAAGUGUCCUGAUAUUGUAAAUAAAAGUUCAACUUUUGAAGAC